AUGCCCAGUUUAGUAGGUAAGCUCUUCAAGAGAUAAUGGCUUCAAAUAAAAGAUUCAAAUUUAUUAUUGAAAGAUAGCUUAAAAGAAAUUAAUAAAAUUUCAAUAUUGGCUAAAUUAUAUGAAAUUGAUGAUUUAUAAUGCGAAGGUUAUAUUAUAAAAAUAAUAUUAGCUGGUGAUGAAUUUGUUGGAAAAACCAGUAUUUUAAAAUAAUUUAAAUAUAAAACCUUUUGCGAAAGUUAUUGUAAAACAACAGGAUAUGAAUUUUAAAGUAAAGAAAUAAUACGUAAUAAAUAAUAAAAUUAAACAAUAACAUUAUAAAUAUGGGAUACUUUAUAUAAUAAUUGCUCAGCUGUUAUUUUAGUUUACGAUAAAAAUAUCAAUAGAAAAGACUAAAUAAUUUUGUAAAUUAAAUGA